GUUGAGACAGUUGCCAGUGGUGUGUGAGGCGCGUACGUGGCGACAUGUGUCGAGCUGCUGCCUGGCUACUACUGCUGCUAACUGUAGCUCUGCUUCUAACGGCAGACGCACGUCGCGGUCGAGCACGAUCCCGCUCCAAAUCCAAGGUCCAAAUAGGGCUCCCGAUAACAGGCAAGUACAGAGACCCGGAGUCGGACCAGUACUACAAUAAUAACCAUGGCGCUAAGAUCCUGCUUGCGUCGCACUUCGAUCUUGAGUACGUGCUGGGACACAAGAUCGCGUUCUUGUGCACGGCCAAGGGUAGGCCGCGCCCGCAGAUCACGUGGUUCAAAGAUGGCGUCGAGAUUUACGCGCAUCACUAUUUACACAUCCACGAGUGGCUGAUCGACGACGACCGUGUCAAGUCCAAGAUCGAGAUCGACCCGGCGACGCAGAUGGACGCGGGUGUAUACGAGUGUACGGCCGACAACAUGUACUCCAUCGACCGGCGCUCCUUCAAGACAGACUUCUCCAUCGCCUUUGACUGACUGUGUCACAAUAUAAUACAACGUGCACUAUAACGACACCUACAUAUUUUCUUCUAUAAAUGUUAAGACCAUACAUUAAAAACAUACUGAAUACCUAUGUAUAA